AUGGUGCAGCGGCUGACCUACCAGAAGCGCUACAAUUAUGCAACCAAAUCCAACCAGCACCGCGUUGUCAAAACCCCAAGUGGGAAGUUGGUGUAUCAGAGCACCAAGAAGCGCGCUAGUGGUCCCAAAUGUAAAUACCCAAUACUGGGGGAAUCUAUCGGAGGCAUCCCUCACUUGGGACCAGCUGAGUAUAAGAGAUCCAGAUUAUCUAGGAACAGGAGGACUGUGAACCGUGCCUAUGGUGGAGUAUUGUCCGGAGGAGCAGUGAGACAUAGGAUUAUUAGGGCUUUCUUGGUGGAAGAGCAGAAAAUGUAA